AUGGAAAUAUGCUACGACGCAUACGAACCCUCCUACACACCCCCAACCCCUCCCAAGCGGUCCAAAAUCUUCAACGGAGCAGGCUACCUCGUCGUCCGUCCCAGCACAGGCGGCAUCGUAGUAUCCCACCCCUCCGCCGUGGACCUGGUCUACCUCAACCUCCCUCGCACACACGACACCUGCACCUCCACCCCCGCCGUCGAGGACGCCCUCGCAACGCGCAUGCUCUCCCUCGGAGCGCCCUGGUGGCCUUCCUGGGCAGCCUACAUCUUCCACAGGAAGCGCCUCGACGACGAGGGGGUGAUGUACGACUUCCACCACCCGCCCGACACGCACGUCGGGUACCCCUCGACAGGCGGCGUCUGGGUUCUGCGGUUCUCGCCGGACAUACCCUCCGUGGUGGUCGUCAACAGCGAGGGCAGGUCGGACGAGCCGCGGCGGACAUUUCCCUUGACGCCUGAGGGGUGGCAUCGGCGGAUGGAGAUGGUGCUGAGCAUGAAUGAGAAGUGCGAGGUUAUCCGGGACUUUGGCGGGGUGUUUUUUGAGAGCGUGGAGGAAUGUGAGUACGUUGCGACGGACCUGGAAGGCGGCAGGGAGAUGUUUGGGAGGUUUGAGCCUUUGUUGAGAAGGAUGGAGGAUGAUGGGUAUGCCUACAAUUGGAAUGCUAUUCAGCGAGAGAGGCGCGGAGAUGAUCCCGGCAGCGACGACAUCCGUCUUGGUGAAGAGAUUAGCUUGAGAGAUGUACGGAGGGGAUGUGUGGUCUCUUGA